CACGUUUUAUCCCACCGUUGCGUCCAUCUCGUAAAGUUGUCAACUUUUUUCAAUUUUUGGGAUUGGAUUUGAUUUCUUUAAAUGGGUAGAGUAAAAAGAAGAGAUGUACCAGACAGGUGGGAGGUAUAUGAACCGUUCUGUGACCCCAUUAAAGGAACAAAAUUCAUUGCAUUUAAAGUGCCACUGAAAGAGAGCAUUUGUCGAAAGUUGGAUGACAGAAGUCAGUGGUUCACUCCAUCCAUGCUGGUUGAGAAACUAUCAGCUAAGGGCAAGAAGCUUGGAGCAAUCAUUGAUUUAACCAACACUCAACGUUAUUAUGAUCCUCAGGAAAUAAAAAGUUGUGGGAUUGAAUAUAACAAGCUAAAUACAGUUGGACAUGUUGUUCCAAGCAAGGAUGUCAUUGAUAGUUUUGCCAAUAUGGUGAGCAGUUUCUUGGAGAGAAAUAAAGGCACUGAUCUUCUCUUAGGAGUUCAUUGUACUCAUGGAGUAAACAGGUCUGGUCAUCUAAUCUGCAGGUAUAUGAUAGACAAGCUUGGGGUCAGUCCUGAUGAAGCCAUUCAAGCAUUUAAUGAAGCACGGGGUCAUAAGAUAGAGAGAGAAAACUACCUAGCUCAUUUAAGAGGUGAAAGUGUGUCACAUUUAGAUGAGGAACCAAUGCAAGGCAGGUCCCACCGUGGUAAAUGGAAAUGCCAUGAAAAAACACAUGGUAGGAACAGGAAUGUUCCUUAUCAACAUCAGAACAGAAAUUUUAGAGAACAGGGUGCUUUCCAACCAAAUCAAAGUGGCUGGUCUGGGUAUCAAUAUGACAAUAGAUAUAAUGUAUACAACAGACAGUAUGAAAAGGACAGUGGCAAAUGGAUAUCGAACUUAAAAAAUAAUGGAAACAGUAGAGAGGGAUAUGUAGGCAAUAGAAAGGGAUAUAGAAGCAGUAGAGGGGGAUAUGGAGGUAGUAGAGGGGGGUAUGGAGGAUUUAGAGAGGGACGUGGAGACAACAGAGACAGAUAUGGAGGAAAUAGAGACGGAUAUAGAGGCAGUAGAAACGGAUAUGGAGGAAAUGGAGAGGAAUUUGGAGGCAGCAGUGAUGGAUAUGGAGGAAGUAGAUGGGAAAAUGGAAAUUUUGUAGAGAGAAGAUGGCAUCAUGAUGGUUACAGAGGGGGCAGUGGAAGGAUAAGAGAGGAUUUCAGAGGCUACAGAGGUCACGAAUAUAACAAACAUAAUAUUUAUUCUCAAGGGGAAGGUGGACAGUUUGGACCUUAUGGGAAUAACCCUGAUAGAUACUAUUGGCCGAAUUAUUCAAACAUUCAAUAACAGCUUUUGUUUUAACAAAUCCAGUCCUCAGAUUGAAUGUUUUGAUAUAUAUAUAUAUAUGAAACAAAGAGAACUACUUUUAUUUUAAAUUUUAAGUGGUUAUGGGAAAUUCAUCAUCUGGUGCUUUUUCAGUUAGCGAUGUUAUGAAUGUAAGCAAUUAUGUUUAGAGACCAGUUGUAAACUAAGUAGUAUUUUCAUCAACAGCAAGUGUUUUAUAAUUGUGAUCCAAGCUUAUGACAAUUUUAGUGUAUUCUGCAGUGUACUUUUUGUUUGAGGCAACAAAUCAUUGUGAAGCAACUUUUCCACUCGUAAUAUUUCUUCAGAAUAAAAGUUAUUCCAAGUAACUUAUGGAAAUACAUAUUAAUAUUAUAAAUAUAGAUCUAUAGUUUACAUUUUUAUGUACAGA